AUGAAAUAUAAUGACGGGCCUUUCGACCUGGUUGACGACCUGGCGGAACGCACAAACGGGAUCGCUAUCAACAAGUCUGAGAAUGGCACCUUCGAACUAGCCAAUACCCGCGCGUUUCGACAGAUGAUCUUCUCCAAGUCUUACCGCCUUCCAACCCCAACACCACAUCACCCACCCAUGGUCGCACCGCCCCCACCACUCACUGCCACCUUCUGGACAUCCUUCUGGAAGAACAAGAUCCCGCACAAUGCGCGCAAUGUCUGGUGGCGGCUCCUGAUCAACAAACUCCCCUCUGGCCUCCACCUUCAUUCCAUUAUCCCCGAUAUGGUUGAGCCCCUCUGCCGUGUCUGUGGAACGGAUCUGGAAACAAGUCAGCACCUCCUUUUCAGCUGCCCCAAGAAGCUGGAAGUAUGGCAAGCCGCACUGUCGAGAUAUAUGGAGGAACGAACUUGGACUGCGGACUAUAUCUGCAGCCUCUUUUUUCCUGACCCGGACCCAGUCAAACCACUUCAUGAUAUUCCCAUCUUCAUCUUGAUCGGUACCAUCUUGGCCUCCAUCUGGAGGUACCAUCACGCUUUUGUCCGUGAGAAUCAAGCCUUUGAACCUCGCACGGUCCUUGCCGCGGUGGAUUUGGCCAUUACCCAAGUUUGCGCUCAGUUGGCUGAGAAGAAGCGCCAGAGCGAGGAGCGUGAACCCCCGCCCCCAGUCGAGCUCCCCCUUGUCGAAAACAACUUUCCCACCUAA